AUGACUGAGUUUGAGAAUUGCAACAACAGUGCACCCAAUAUGUAUCUGCCUGGCUGCGCUUACUAUGUCUCUCCAUCGGAUUUCUCCACCAAGUCCUCGUUUUUGUCCCAGUCCUCCUCCUGCCCUAUGACUUUCUCCUAUUCUUCCAAUUUAACUCAUGUGCAACCUGUGAGGGAAGUGGCAUUCAGGGAGUAUGGGUUGGAGCGCAGUAAGUGGCAGUACCGGGGCAGUUACCCGUCGUAUUACCCCAGUGAAGAUGUCAUGCACAGGGACCUCAUCCAGCCUGCGAACAGGAGAACGGAUGUCUUGUUCAAAUCGGACUCUGUCUGCAACCACCAUGGACCUUCCAGUGCUCCUUCUAACUUCUACAACACAGUGGGUAGGAAUGGGAUCCUUCCACAGGGCUUUGACCAGUUUUAUGAUGCCAACCAAAACCCAACAUACCAGGUGGAGGCAGAGGAGCAGCCUGCAAAGUCUGAGCUCAAAACUUCCAACCUAAAUAGCAAAAUCACCUCUACCCAAGAUAAGAAAGUGACAAGCGACAAUAGCCCCGAUUCCCCUUCUGGGGAGCCUGCUGCAGCAGAGAAGAGCAACAGUUCAGGUAGGCAUCAACUGGGGAAAAAACAAUAUCUGGCAGCUUCCCAGCGGCUUAGGAAAAAAAGAUGCCCUUAUAGCAAGUAUCAAAUCCGGGAGCUGGAGCGAGAAUUUUUCUUCAAUGUGUACAUCAACAAGGAGAAGAGGUUACAGCUGUCCAGGAUGCUGAACCUCACUGACCGCCAAGUGAAAAUUUGGUUCCAGAACCGAAGGAUGAAAGAAAAGAAACUUAACAGGGAUCGACUUCAGUACUUCACUGGAAAUCCACUUUUUUGA